AUGAAUGAUCCGUCUCAAAUGAAUCUGCUGCGAGUCAAAGCAUCUUGCAAAUUGAAUAAAGCCGAGAGCCAGCGGAUGACAGUAAAGAGUGUUUCAGAGAAUCGCUCUCUCGAGGUUGUGUGUGACAUAAUUCCUUCCCAGGCCUCCAACGAGCCUGACGUCUAUGAGACGAGUGAUCUGCCCGAGGAUGAUCAGGCACAGUUUGAGUCGGAGCUGGAGGAGCUGUGUAGCGACAGCGUGGAGCGGAUCGUCGUCAAUCCCAACGCCGCCUACGACAAGUUCAAAGACAAACACAUCAGCGCCAAGGGUCUGGAUUUCUCAGACCGCAUCAGUAAGAGUCGCAGGGUGGGCUAUGAGUCUGGAGAGUACGAGCUUUUAGCUGAGGGUUGUGGCGAGAAGGAAACUCCUCAGCAGAAAUAUCAGCGACUGGUUAAUGAGAUUCACGAGCUCUGCCAGGAUGUGGAACAUAUUCAGGUCAGAACUAAACAAUUAAUACUUCUAAUCAGCAAAGAUGGUCCGCUCAGCUCCGGGGUUCAGGGAGGCAGUCUGAUGGACACUAUAGAGCUGCUGCAGGCGCGGGUCGGUGCGCUGGAUGCGGUCACGCUGGAUCAGGUGGAAGCCAGGCUACAGAGCGUUCUGGGGAAGAUGAAUGAAAUCGCCAAGCACAAGGCAGCCAUCGAGGACGCUGAGACCCAGAACAAGGUGUCUCAGCUGUAUGACGUGGUGCAGAAGUGGGAUGCGAUGGCCUCGUGUCUCCCGCAGCUGCUGCAGAGACUGCUGGCCGUCCGAGAGCUGCACGAGCAGGCGAUGCAGUUCGGGCAGCUGCUGACUCAUCUGGACACCACACAGCAGAUGAUCAACAGCUCUCUGAAGGACAACAGCUGUCUGCUCUCGCAGGUCCAGCAGACCAUGAAGGAGAACCUGCUGGCUGUGGAGGAGAACUUCUCCACGCUGGACCAGAGGAUGAAGAAACUCUCCAAAUGAAAGUUUCUCGUGCCGCACUUUUGUGUUUCUGCAGAGUCGAGACCAAACACUACAGAAGCUCCUAAAGUCUGAAGCUGCCUGUUUGAGUUCUGAUUUUACGCCCUUUCCAUCCUGAUCCACACGGACUUUGUUUUGAAGGCGAGGAGCCGCUGCGUGUGUAAAUACAGGCUUGUUUGUGAGCGAUCGCUUGUAACCGCUAUUGUAUUAUUAAUGUGUGGCGCAGUCCACAAAUUAGGAUCAUUUUCCAAUAUAGAAUUUCAAACGCAUCUCUCGGUAAUAAAAUGCUUCCAGAAA